CAAGCAAAGCGACCCUCCUUGUCCUGUCAACCCCGACGCAAGGCUUUCUUGCGGUUCCUUUUUCUAAACAAGAGCCAAAACACGUUACUCAAACAUGGUCAGUUCUCUGCAAUCCAACUCGGAGCCUCGUCCGAGGGAGACUCAUCUGGCUCCAUGACUCAUUUGGUUAAGGAGGCCGCCACCAACCCAUCAUGAUCACAUCUUUAUUCCCUCCACUUUCCCCUUUUAAAUGUAGCUUCUUGAGUUCUUCCCUCUUCGGACCCUUCACUCGCUAGUUCACAGAGACACAUCUUCUCCAUGAAAGCAGUCCUCUUCCUUCCCCCAUGAAGGCAAAGUCUGCCAUCUGAAGUUACCAAAAGAAAGGAGACACAACUUCAUUGCGUCCAAAUGGGGUUUAUGGUUACUUGCAAGGUGGCCGCUUCCACUUCCUUGCCGGCGAGAGAGGCCCAGAAAAUUGUCUGAAGGCAGAGGAUCAUAAAACUGGUGGCAGAGGGGGUGGAGACCACCCACCGCAUAUACGAGCAUCGGUUCUCGCCACAGCCAGGGGAAAUCCGUCGAGCAGCGGAGCCGUGCAGCUGCGGCGCCGGUGCCGGUUAUGGCAUACCACCAGGUCCAACAUGGCCAUGGCCAGGCCCAGCCGAGCCGGGCAGAGGAGUACAAGCUCAAGCGCACCAGCCCCCAGCUCGGCGAGCGUUGGCCCGGAAGGGCCCAUGGGAGGGGCGGCGGAUGGAUGAUGGGCCUCUGCGGCGACAAGUUCGCGAGCCCCUACGACCUCGUCGAACAGAUGUACUACCUCUACGUGCGCGUGGUCAAGGCCAGGGACCUCCCCACCAAUGCCAUCACCGGCAGCUGCGACCCCUACGCCGAGGUGAAGCUCGGCAACUACCGGGGCACCACCAAACAUUUGGAGAAGAGGACCAAUCCUGAAUGGCACCAGGUGUUCGCUUUCUCCAAGGAGCGAAUCCAGUCGACGGCUCUCGAAGUAUUCGUCAGGGAUAGGGAGAUGGUGGCGAGGGACGACUACGUCGGCAAGGUGGUCUUCGAUCUGAACGAAGUCCCAACCAGAGUCCCGCCAGACAGUCCUUUAGCCCCGCAGUGGUACCGGCUGGAGGAUCGCCGGGGGGACGGGAAGGUGAGAGGGGAGAUCAUGCUGGCCGUGUGGAUGGGGACGCAGGCCGACGAGGCCUUCCCGGAGGCAUGGCACGCCGACGCCGCCUCGGUCCACGGCGAGGGAGUCUUCAACACCCGCUCCAAGGUCUACGUCUCUCCGAAGCUCUGGUACCUCCGGGUGAACGUCAUCGAAGCUCAGGACGUGCAGCCCAACGCGAAAGGCCGGUAUCCGGAGGUGCUCAUCAAGGCUCAGGUGGGCAACCAGGUGCUCAAGACCAGAGUCUGCAGCACGAGGAGCUUGAGCCCGAUGUGGAACGAGGACCUGGUGUUCGUCGUGGCCGAGCCCUUCGAGGAGCACCUGGUGCUCACCGUCGAGGACCGGGUGCAGCCGACCAAGGACGAGGUCCUCGGGAGGAUUGCGCUGCCGCUGACGCUGUUCGAGAAGCGGCUGGACCACCGGCCGGUGCACUCGCGGUGGUUCAAUCUGGAGAGGUUCGGCUUCGGCGUGCUGGAAGGCCAGCAGAGGAAGGAGCUACGGUUCUCGAGCAGGGUCCACCUACGGGUCUGCCUCGAGGGAGCCUACCACGUCAUGGACGAGUCCACCAUGUACAUCAGCGACACCCGGCCCACCGCCCGUCAGCUCUGGAAGCAACCCAUCGGAGUUCUGGAGGUGGGCAUCCUCAGCGCCCAGGGACUGAUUCCGAUGAAGAUGAAGGAUGGCAGAGGCACCACCGACGCCUACUGCGUCGCAAAGUAUGGCCAGAAAUGGGUAAGAACUCGAACGAUCAUCGACUCAUUCAGUCCCAAAUGGAAUGAGCAGUACACAUGGGAGGUAUACGACCCCUGCACCGUGAUCACUCUCGGGGUGUUCGACAAUUGUCACCUUGGUGGCAACGACAAGCCGGCCGGAGGUGGCCCGGCUAAAGACCUGAGAAUUGGCAAGGUGAGAAUUAGGUUGUCGACGCUCGAAAUGGAUCGGAUAUACACCCAUGCAUAUCCACUCAUCGUCCUGCAGCCGUCGGGGGUGAAGAAGAUGGGGGAGCUGCAGCUGGCGGUGCGGUUCACCUGCUUGUCUCUGGCCAACGUAAUCUAUCUCUACGGCCACACUCUGCUGCCAAAGAUGCAUUAUAUUCACCCAUUCACUGUGAAGCAGGUGGACAACCUGCGAUACCAGGCGAUGAGCAUCGUGGCGGCGAGGCUGGGCCGGGCGGAGCCGCCGCUGAGGAAGGAGGUGGUGGAGUACAUGCUGGAUGUGGACUCCCACAUGUGGAGCAUGAGGAGGAGCAAGGCCAACUUCUUUCGGAUCAUGUCGCUGCUCUCGGGGACCGUCGGUAUUUGCCGGUGGUUCCACAACGUUUGCCACUGGAAGAAUCCAAUCACGACGAUACUAGUCCAUGUCCUGUUCCUGAUACUGCUCUGUUACCCGGAGCUGAUCCUGCCGACGAUGUUUCUGUACAUGUUUAUGAUUGGGCUGUGGAAUUAUAGGUUCAGGCCGAGGCACCCGCCGCACAUGGACACGAAGCUCUCAUGGGCGGAGGCGAUUCAUCCGGACGAGCUCGAUGAGGAGUUCGACACGUUUCCGACGUCGAAGCCGCAUGAUUUGGUCCGGAUGAGGUACGACAGGCUUCGGAGCGUGGCGGGGAGGAUACAGACGGUGGUAGGGGACAUGGCGACGCAGGGGGAGAGGUUUCAGUCUCUACUGAGCUGGAGAGACCCCAGGGCGACCGGCCUGUUUGUGAUGUUCUGCCUGGUUGCAGCCGUGGUGCUGUAUGUGACUCCAUUCAGGGUGAUAGCACUGGUGGCAGGACUGUAUACGCUGCGCCACCCCCGGUUCAGGAGCAAGCUGCCGUCGGUGUCCGGCAAUUUCUUCAAGAGACUGCCGUCCCGGAUUGAUAGCAUGCUCUGAAGCGAUGGUGGAACCUGGGUAGGUGGAAGAUGAUCAUGGCCUCUCCGAUUUGUUGUAGCUUCGGCAUUUGUUGAAUUCUACUGCUUUUUGUAACAUGUUUUAGUUAAAUGGCGUAAUGAUUUGCGAGUUCAGGUUU